ACGGUUCACUAGUAAUUUGAUGUGUGUCCCCGGGGACAUUUGAUGGAUUAAAGCUAAGCAGCUCCAUUUCGUAGCACCACCUGAUCUUCCACUGCCUGUGCCCCAUAUAAAGGCUGGCGUGAUUGCUGAUCUCAGCUAGUCUGACAGUGUCUCUCUCUCCCUCCUCUGCGCCUGUCUCCUUCUCUUCUCCUCCUCACUGGUCCUUUAAGCCGGCCGCAUCACAGGAGCUAUCCAGUGCUGAACAGGAUCACUUUUAUUUAUUUAUUUUCACUUUCUGGGGAAAGCUGGGGGAGCCAGAGUGCACCGCACAGCAUUGCCGUCAACGUCGUUCACCACUGGGUUGCAUUUUUUUUUUUAAUCAUCUCAUGUUUUUGGCCGCCGUCUUCAUCGUAAGGAUUACCGUCAAGCUAGCCGUGGUCGUGUGCUCCCUCAGAAGCUUUUUCUUUUCGCUCAUGCGUUUUCCACUGCGCUGUGUUAUUAUCCACUGAAACAUGCCCCGCUCAUUUUUGGUGAAGAAGAUCAAACUUGAUGAUUUCUCUUCAUCCAAUGUGGCCACCAAUAAUCACCAUCAGCACCUGGACGACUCGUUCACUUUUGCACGCUCCAUCACAGACUCUGCGACCAGCCUCGGCGUUCGUCUGAGUGAGAAUGGCUACAUCCAGGAUUACAUCACACCAUCUGUAUACCGGGAAGAGAAGAAGAUGGAGCACAAGCUGGUGUCGGACCCGCUGUACACCCACGUGAGCAGCGGUGGCGAGUACUGCGACCCCGACCUGAAGCACCCUGAUAGCCCCCAGUCAGGCAUGACCGCCAGCGGCUUCUACAGCGGCGAAUCGGAGGCCCUGGACGAGGGUUACACCAUGGAUGCCUUCUUCAUCUCCGACGGGCGUUCGAGAAGGAAGGGCGACGGCGAGGCUCGCGAGGGGGGCUCGAGAAGCAGCAGCGUCAACGCCGGCCUGCAGGAGAGCGGAGUCGCGGGCACGGCUCGCCACACCUGCAACGAGUGCGGCAAGACGUACGCCACCUCGUCCAACCUCAGCAGACACAAGCAGACGCACCGCAGUCUCGACAGCAAGAUGGCCCGCAAGUGUCCCACCUGCAGCAAAGUGUACGUGUCCAUGCCGGCUUUGGCCAUGCACAUCCUCACCCACGACCUCAAGCACAAGUGCGACGUGUGCAGCAAGGCCUUCAGCCGGCCGUGGCUCCUCCAAGGUCACAUGCGCUCUCACACGGGGGAGAAGCCCUUCGCUUGCGCCCAUUGUGGCAAAGCCUUCGCUGACCGCUCAAACCUCCGCGCCCACAUGCAAACACACUCUGCCUUCAAGCACUACAGAUGCAAGCGCUGCAAUAAGACCUUCGCUCUCAAGUCCUACCUGAACAAGCACUAUGAGUCUGCUUGCUUCAAGGGCUCCGCGGACGAAGACGACUCUGGAUCAGACAACUAACGGUGUGGAAGAUGCAGAAUUUUAACCCCCCACUCCCCCCCGCCACCCCAAUGCAGGUUCACGACCCCUGUUCACUCUGCCCUCCAUGCCUUUUUUCUUCCCUUUUUUAGAAAGCAAUAUUUUCACUGAGAUUAUGAGAAGCUCUAAUGACAACGGCAAAGACAAUUUCAGAAGAUGCUGGAUUUUUUUCCCUGCACAGUAGCUAAUCGUCCACAGACAAAUACAAUCAAAAACCUUCCCCAAAUAGAAACUGUAGAUGAUAGUUGUACACACAAACGACGUGUGCUCACACCAAACACAUGCACACACACAACACAAACACACACUUUCUCACACACACACACACACACACACACAAUUAUAUAUGAGGCCUGGCAUGUGAAUUUUUAUCAAUGACUAUACUAAUAUCAAUAGUAAUAAUAUUUAGAUUGCUGAUAUUUUAUAGGAAAUAGUAAUGAGAAAAUUGACAAAAAAAAACAUAAAAAGGACAGUGUUCUUUGGCUUUUUUUAAAGAGACAAAAUGACCUCUUGUAUUUUUAUGCUGCUUUUUAUUUGCUAAGAAUUGAAUUCUUUUGCAACUGCCAACUUUUUAUGAAAACGUGAAAUAUAACAGUAUUUGCAAAAAAAGAAGGGGAGAUGAUUUUAAAAAGGUAAAAAGACCCCCCUUUUCCACACCAAUGUUAUUUUUCUAUUUGAUUUUUCUAAAAUUAUUUUUUGUGCUCAAUAUCCCUUGAUCAAAAGGCAUCUUUGUAACUGUGGGUAUUCCAAACAUUUUAAGAAGCCCUCUGCGAUCACGGGCCAUAGGCGUUUCGAUUCUGUCAGAGUUGUGCUGUUCAAAUGUGCAACAGCAGGCCUGUGUAGCAGGUCUCACAAUGAGUAAGUGGUCAGUCAUUUUAGGGUGUCCUGUGUCUAUAGCAAAGAAAACACUCGUUCUUCCUCCAACUUGGUGGCGAGCGAGCGUCAGCUGCCUUUACGGUGCACCGUCUUUCCGAGAACGAGCGCCCCUCACGUGAUGUUUGAGGUUCUCCUCGUCCGCCAGUGUGACCGCGGGCUGACGCUUUACUAACUCGCGCACCCUCAGUUACAAAGUGACUCUUUUAUAUGUCGCUCAAAGCUCCGUCCAUUGUUUAGCUGCAUCUAAUUAUCAUGUAAAUACUUUAUUUAUCUAUUUAUUUAUUUUGGGGGGUAUUUAUUGAAGACUCAAUUGCUAUGUAUUUAUUUAUUUAUUUAUUAUUUCAAAUUAUGAACAUUCAUUGAACUUGUAAGAUGCUGCUGCUCUUCAAAGAAAAUGUUUAUAUGCAUGAAAACUGUAGAGAGUCCGUGGGACUUAGUUUUUAAAGAGGAACAAUGUACAGCAUCACUGCUAGCAGAGGUCCGACUAACCAAUGCAGAGCUACAUGUCUUUUUUUUUUCCCAUGGCAAUAACCUUAAUGACAUGGCAACUGACCUGUAUAACAAUCACAGCUGUCCUGUUUUUACUCAAUUUAGGGCAAUAAAAAGAAACAAUGAAAAUUAAAUGCUAAAAUAUUCUCUAUCUUGUCUCCAAAAAGUCAGACGCUCCUCCUCAGGACAAGAGAUUGUCUCGUCCCCCCCCCCAAAAAAAACAAAAAAACAACUCAGGCAAUAACUAACUCCUUGACUCAGAUGUGAUGCUUCAUGUUGGAUCAAAUUACAGUCAAGUAAUGUAGGUGUGAUCGUGUUACAUCGAGGCUUCAAAGGUGCAAAAGCAAUAAUGAUGCCAGUGCAGUGAGAGGCUGCUUAAUCUUGGGUUAUUGUCUCUGUUGUUUUACAGAGCAGCCGUGUAAGAACCACAGUAAGGGACAUUUAUGAUUUAACGCCAUUAAAAUGACCACAAUGCGAACUACUUAUCUCUGCGAGCUGUCCACGCAAAAUAACCAAGUGGCCGUAAAUAAGGCUUGGAAGUUUCCAAGCUUGUUUGAGUGAGGUAGCACGCUCGAAUGCACAUCCAAAAUCCCCCGUCAUUUGUCCACGACUGCUCCCCCCACGCCCUGUCAGCCAUCUUCAUCCCAACUGCCUCUAAACAGACCCACAGAGGAAGAAAUGUGCUGAAGCGGGAUUGGCGGAGGGCGGCUGAGUGUGGGAGGAUAACAGGUGUUUUCAGACAGACUGCAGAUAGGGAGCGUAAUUGAGUUGGUGAGCAACCUCCAAGGGGAAGGUCAAGCACCAGCAGGCAAAUGCACUGUCAGCUAUUUGCAUAAUUUCAAAUGGAUGAAACCAACGCAAGCCUAAAACACCCGCCACACGCAGAAAAUAAAUUGAGAAAAGAGAAGUUUCCACUCUGUUUAUCCGUCCGCUUCAUCCUGUCGACGGCUGUCUCAGGAACACAGCUGAAUCACUGCGUGAGAGCAUCCAAACCACCUGUCUCCUAUCUCCACUCGCACAAAACACCAUUUGGCACGACGCUGAAUUAUUGACCUUUGAACAGAUACGCAAAUCACUGCUUGUAUUGCGCUCCCAUUGCUUUUAUAUUCUACAGUGGGGGGAAGAUAAAAUGUUUUUCGAAGCUGACGAUUGCAAUUUAAUAUUGAAGAUAAAGGGAUUGAGGUGAAAAAAACAAAACAUCAUUUGAGGAUGUGCAGCAGGAUGAACACACUUAAAGUGGCAGCAGAUCGGAUCACAGACGGUAAUUACUGAGGAGGCGGCUCACCUUGAUUCUUCACUUCCAAAUUGAGACCGAGUGCGGCAUUGUUCCUCUUUGACAAAUUUGUACAUAGAAUUGUAAAUACAGCACAGCAAUAAUAUGCAUGUAGACAUUUAAUUGCCCUUUUCUAUUUAGUGGUCUUAUUUUUAAAAUUUUAUUUAUGUAAAAAUAAAAACAGGUACCAAUUACAACCCGGGUGGCCACAUGAAUCAGGGAGUGUCUUGGUUUCCAAACUAUUUGUAAGACAAGGCAACAACACUUCAGUGUAUUCUCAAAGAAUUGAUCAUGCUCUGUUUCUUUUUUUUCUUUUUUUUUUUUAAUGUGCCCAGCUCGGCUGUGCAAAGAGAAGUGCCAAAUAAAUAUGAUUUCCAUGACAAAAGCCUACAACAUAUGGUUGGCUGCUUGAAACCUUCCAUAUGGCCCUCAAAGGAAAAAAAAAAAAAAAAAAACAGAUGAAGAUUUUCCACUUUCUUGCUCUUUCUCUCUAUCUCUUGCUCUCUCUUUCUGUCUGUCUGAGUAUGAAGAAACUUAAGCCAUGAUUGCUGAGGGGAUGUUUUGGUUUCUCUUGUUCUGCUACAAUUUAUGACAACAACAAUAGCAAUGAUAACAUUAAUAAAAACAAUAGCACAAGCAACCUGCAAGUCUGCAAUUAUUUCUUUGGAAUGCAAUCAGUGAUGAUUUACUUAACGCGCAGUGAUGCUUAAAGUGUGGUCUGCGUACCACUGGUGGUAAACAGGCUCCCUCUAGUGGUUUGUGAAAGAAUCACUGAAUUAAAUGUUCAAACUGCAGCGUUAAUGUUUUUGUAUUUAUCCACUGCAUCACAUUUGUUCAAUAGAGUUCAGUUGCAUUUAACUUUAAAGUGCAAUACAUUUGCAUUUAAUCAUUAAGAAGAAGCAGUUGGUUUUUAAACAUUCUGGUAUUUUGUUUUUUUUUUUACUUUUAUGUGUAAUAC